AUGAAGGAGUUGCUAACCACCUUGAAACUCUCUCAGAAGCCAUUGCCCACGAUCAACGAGGGCUCUUGUGCAGAUUACUGGGCGUUCAAGCGCGCAUUCCAAGGUCACGUUCAAGAGGAUGGAAUAUCAGAAAGCCAAAGGUUUGGAUAUCUGAUUGCAGCCUAUUCUGGCCCAGCAAAACAAGAGUUAUGCGGUUGUCAGGAACUAGAGGAUCCCAAGGAAGGAUAUAAAGAAUCCUGGGACUUACUGGAAACCAGACAUGGUAACAAACGUACAUACAUUCAACACUUGAUCAAAGGAGUAUGUGAGGGAGCAACUUGA